UGCCCCUCGCCGCUGUCUGCAAGCAACUAGUCAGUCAGACCCCGGAAGGAACUGAAGGUUUCACGCGAGCUCCGAUGGCGGCGACCACGGCCGCGGCUGUGCGUCGGCUCUGCGCGGCCGCCGAGGUGCGGUCUGCUCUGGCGGUGCUCGCCCGCGGGACGAAGUCCGGCGACGCGGCGCUGGACGUGGCCGCGUGCACCGCGCUGGUCCACGGCUGCUGCCAGAGCGGCGACGUCGCGGAGGCACGCAGAGUGUUCGACGUAAUGCCGCGCUUGGGCGUGACCCCUAACGAGGUCACGUACACAGCGUUGAUCCACGGCUACUUCGUUCGUGGGCAAAGAGAGAUGGGUUUCGCCUUGGUUGGGGAGAUGAGGAGAGGCGGAGUCGAGCCGAACCUCUACACCUACAACUGCUUGGUCGGGGAAUGGUGCAGGACUGGGGAGUUCAAGAGCGCUCGACUGCUAUUUGACGAAAUGCCUUUGAAGGGUGUCGUGCGUAAUGUUGUCAGCUACAACAUCCUGAUUGCAGGCCUAUGCAGGCAUGGCAAGUUGAAAGAUGCUGCCCAGCUGUUUGAAGCGAUGAGAAGGGAGGGUAUCCAUCCAAGCAUGGUGACGUUCAAUCUUCUAAUUGAUGGCUAUGGCAAGGCUGGGAAGAUGUCUAAUGCCCUACAUUUCUUCAAUCAGAUGAAGGCAGCAGGGCUGCAACCUAGUGUGGUGACGUACAAUGAGCUUAUUGGUGGAUUCUGUCGUGCUAGAGAUAUAGCCCACGCAAUCAGGGCUUUCUCAGACAUGAAGGAGCGCCGUUUGGCACCCACAAAAGUGACGUACACCAUACUCAUUGGUGCAUUUGCUAAGGAAAAUGAAAUGGACAGGGCAUUCGAAAUGCUUUCAGAAAUGGAGAAGGCUGGGUUGGAAGUGGACGUGCAAAGUUAUGGUGUUCUCCUGCAUGCUCUGUGCAUGGAAGGGAAGAUGAUGCAUGCUAGGAAACUGUUUCAGUCAAUGGAUUCGAAAGGUGUCAAACCGAAUAAUGUGUUAUAUGACAUGAUGAUCUACGGAUAUGGGCGGGAAGGGAGCUCAUAUAAGGCUUUGAGAUUGAUCAUGGAAAUGAGGAAGAGUGGAUUGAUUCCGAAUGUUGCUAGCUAUUGCCUAACGAUCCGUCUUCUCUGCAAUGAAGGGAAGUGCCAGGAAGCUGAGGCUUUGAUUGGUGAUAUGGAGGAUGCUGGUUUGCAAACAAGUGAAUCCAUCUGCAGAGUACUAUUCGAUGCUAAGGCAAGAUUGCAUAGUUCUACUGAUGACCCUUUUACUUGAAGUAGCCAGGUACAUUGUUUCUGUUAUCUGCCAGGGACUAGGUUACUAUAGUUAUCUUGUCGAAGUAGCAAGGUGAUAGGCAAAUAAGGACUGAUAGAGAGGGAAAAAAUCUACUGAAUCCUGUCCGUAACCAACAUUUUGGUGUUUUAUUGAACUUACCCUCACAGUGAGCGUGGUUGGUUGGUCCCUAUUUGCACAGCAGUGAAAGAUGAAAAUCCACAUGCUGGGGCAAGAGUGGAUGCAAAGGCAAGAGUGGUCUGCAAACAAGUGAAUUCAUCUGCAGAGUAUUAUUGAAUGAGGCAAGACUGGAUGAUUCUGCCAAUGAACCUUUUACUUAAAGUAGUCUGGCAUAUUGCUUUUGUUAUCUGAUAAGUCAUAUGUUGCUAUAUCUAUCAUGGGUUCAUGAUAGUGCGAAGAUGAUAUGCAAACCACUAGCUCUCCUUUGCAAUAGGCUAGAGUGGUUGGAUCCUAUUUGCAGAGACGUGAAAGAUGAAGACCCCACGUGCUGAGACAAUUUCUUGCCAGACAAAUGUCCGCAGUUGUCAGUUACUGAGGGGAUGUUUGCUUUGCACCCAGGCAGAGCUGCCUGGCGCGAGCCCUGCUCCGAGAAAUGAGAGACGCUCAACGGCUCAAGCCUCCAAACCCCUUCAGAAAUGAGAGACGACUCCGCCAAGCCUGUCAACUGUCAUUCUGAUGUAUUUGCUGCACCAGUGGGUAGUGGCGUGCCGAAUCUAAUUUGCUCCAUCGAAGCUGACUGAGUUUUACAACCGACGUCAUUGAUUAACAAGAUUGAUAGUAGUAUGAUUCUUCAUGUCAUCUUGUUUUUUUUUUCAUGGAAAGAUCGUGACGGGACCGUUGUAUUUUGGGAAAGCUAGUGUUAUCUUUUCUAGUUA